GGCACCUGCGACAUACAGUUACAACGAAGCUUCACCAUGAUCACUUCUUUGCUACUAACGGCAGUUUUUGUGAUAAUCUUCACAAUCUACCUCGUGUCCAAGAAAAAGUUCCAAUACUGGGAGAAAAGGAAAGUACCACAUUUACCCCCGGUUCCUCUCCUGGGAAAUUUUGGGAAAUUUAUUCUGCAGAGGCAAUUUCUUGGCUACACAUUACAAGAAAUAUGUGAAAAGUUCCCCAAAGCACCAUACGUGGGUGCUUACUUUGGCACAGAACCCGCCCUACUCAUUCAAGACCCUGAACUCAUCAAGCUCGUCAUCACUAAGGACUUCUACUUCUUCAGUGGCCGUGAGGUAUCUGAAUAUGUCGACAAGGAAAGGUUUACUCAGAACCUCUUCUCCACUUCCGGAAACAAAUGGAAGGUGUUACGUCAGAACCUGACUCCUGUGUUUACCUCCGCGAAGAUGAAGAACAUGUUUCAUUUGAUCGAAAAGUGUUCUCACGUGUUUGAAGAUUUUCUUGACAAGGAAGCCAAAAGCGACGAUGUCGAAAUGAGGGCUCUUAUAGCGAGAUACACGAUGGACUGCAUAGGAACCUGUGCAUUUGGCGUUGAAACAAAAACCAUGAACGAGACGGAAAAUAAUCCGUUUACAGCAGUCGGUAACAGUAUUUUCACAAUGAGCUGGUUCCAAGGAUUUAAAUUUGUUCUGAGAGGUAUCUAUCCUGCACUGUUUUACGCGUUGGGAUUCAGAAGUCUUCCACCAGAAGUUGAUGCAUUCUUCUCCAAUUUAAUGACUGGAGUUUUUAAGGGACGCAACUAUACGCCCACAUCUCGGAAUGACUUUGUCGAUUUCGUAAUAAAGUUCAAACAAAAUAAAACUAUGACAGGGGACAGUCUGACUAACAUGAAAUCUGAUUCACAGAAGAAAGUGAGUUUAGAAGUCGAUGAUGACCUCUUAGUGGCACAGUGCUUUAUAUUUUUCGCUGCUGGAUAUGAAACUUCAGCAACUACUUUGAGUUUCACUUUGUAUGAGUUGGCGAAAAAUCCUGAAGCUCAGAAGAGAGCUAUAGCCGAGGUGGACGAUUAUCUGCGGCGACACAACAAUGAGCUGAAGUACGAGUGCCUUUCGGAGAUGCCAUUUAUUGAAGCCUGCAUUGACGAAACCCUUCGUAUAUAUCCAGUUCUAAGUAUGUUAACUCGCGAAGUGGUAGAGGAUUACACUUUCCCUACUGGAUUGAAGGUGGAGAAAGGUCUGCGCAUAUUCUUGCCAUUGUAUCACUUGCAUCAUAACCCGGAGUACUUCCCGGAUCCGGAGGAGUAUCGGCCGGAGCGGUUCUUGGCUGAGAACAAGGAUAAUAUAAAACCGUACACGUACAUGCCCUUCGGUGACGGCCCCAGAAUUUGUAUAGGAAUGAGAUUCGCGAAAAUGCAAAUGGCCGCUGGAAUAAUAACGUUGCUGAAGAAAUACCGCCUGGAACUGGCUCCAGGGAUGUCGUCAAAGAUUGAGUUCGAACCAAAUUCUUUUGUGUCGCAAGUUGUGGGAGGAAUCAAACUGAAGAUGAUUGAGAGAGAAGGUUGGGAGGGAAGACUCUUGAAGACCCUGUAAAGGCAUAUUUAGAACUGGACGUUGAGUUAUAUAAUCUUGUUUGGCUGGUUACAAUUAUACUUUUAUCUCUAGACGUAGGUAAUCUAGCGGAAGGACUUAUCUAGUGAUAUCAAAUGUUUUCAGUGUUUGUAAUAACCUUUUAAAGUUACAUCAGACAAUGUUUAUCGGUCUUUUGCUAAUUGCUUACUUUGGCCAGAUUCGUAGAAGAGAAGGUAUAAUUAAGAAUUAGUGUUUAUAGAUUUUGUGUGAAUUGAUAUCGUCUAUCGACAUGAGCUAUGUAUGAUCCCUUAGGGCUGGUUUAAGGUUUUUUUCAAAAUAGUAACCGCUUCCCAAAGCCUCAAAGGGCUCCAGAAGUAUAAAGGGUUAGUUUUACAAUCGUCCCCAUUAUUUUAUUUAUCUGUCGUUUUGCUUAGAGAGAUAGGUAUAGGUGUCCCGACAUUAUUAAAUAAAAAAUAGUAGGAACGACUGUUCGUCAGUAAGAGUCUGACAUUACUUUUCACUCCAACGACAGUGAAAGUCAGAAGAUUUUAAUGAGGACCAAUAGGAGUGGGUUCUUUGGGAGUAGAAUAAGGAACGUGUUAUGAGUUUUUCAAUCUGGUCAUGACUGCUAUGCGUGAUAUAUUGUUAUCUUUAAUCAUUGUGAUAUUAUUGUGAUAAAAUUUGUUUUUUGAUAAUAAAUGAAAAUUGUACAUAA